GACGUGCAAAACACUUUCUCUCGGAUUCCCAUUCACAUGUCUUUAUCAGAGGUUUGCAGCGCUAAUCCUCUAACAUUCCGCUCAACAGAGGCGGAGCGAAACCUCUCAUUGCGUUUUACAGUUUCCUCCCAGCGAAAGCCAUUCGUGGCGGGGUGCCUGGCCGGCGGACAUCACCGCAAUGUCGCGUUUUCUGUAGAGCAGCUACGUAAACGGUGCGUCGGAGAAGGAGCAGAUGCGGCACUUGCCAUGACUUGUCGCAGGAAGCGGAGCUUUCGUGCGGCGUUGGUCUUCCUGUGUGUCGCCCAGCUGACUGCAGGUCUGAAGUGUGUGUGCCUGCUCUGCGCCAACCACACCUGUGAAACAGCCGCAGAUGGUGCCUGCUGGAACUCUGUGAUGCUGAUUGAUGGGAAGGAGGAGACGGUCAAGUCCUGCCUGUCACCUUCUGAGAUGAAGGGCCAGGUCUUCUGCUACAGCUCCCGCAAUGUCUCCAAGAGGAACUGCUGCUUCACUGACUUCUGCAACAAUGAGACUCUGCACCUAUACCCAGAGAGGCCGUUGGAAGAACCUGGCUGGGGCAGGCUGCAGCUCGCUGCGAUGAUUCUAGUGCCAUCCUGCCUGCUGAGUGUGGGGAUCCUUCUAGGUGUGUUUGUUGUGCAGGGCCACUGCUGUGCCUACAGACGAGCCCACAAUCAGGACUCGGAGGAUCCUCUGGAUGACCAGAUGCUCAUGUCACCUGACAAAUGUCUCAAAGAUCUGAUCUAUGACAUGAGCACCUCAGGCUCUGGAUCAGGUCUGCCACUACUGGUCCAGCGAACCAUAGCUCGAACCAUUGUCCUGCAGGAGAUCAUUGGGAAGGGUCGGUUUGGUGAGGUGUGGCGGGGCAAGUGGCGAGGAGAGGAUGUGGCAGUGAAGAUCUUCUCCUCCAGGGAUGAGAGGUCCUGGUUCUGUGAAGCAGAGAUUUAUCAGACUAUCAUGCUUAGACACGAUAACAUCCUGGGAUUCAUCGCUGCUGACAACAAAGAUAAUGGCUCAUGGACUCAGCUCUGGUUAGUGUCAGAGUACCAUGAGCAUGGCUCUCUGUAUGACUACCUGAACAGGUACACAGUCUCCAUGGAAGGCAUGAUUGUCCUGGCUUUGUCCAUAGCCAGUGGGCUGGCACAUCUCCACAUGGAGAUCAUUGGCAUGCAGGGGAAGCCUGCCAUUGCUCACAGAGACCUAAAGUCUAAAAAUGUUCUGGUGAAGAAGAACGGCACAGCAGUCAUCGCAGAUUUGGGUUUGGCAGUGAAACACGACUCCAGCACCAACACCAUAGACAUACCGUCGAACCACAGAGUGGGAACCAAGAGGUACAUGGCCCCAGAAAUUCUGGAUGAGACAAUCAAUAUGGAUAGCUUUGAGUCAUUCAAGCGGGCAGAUAUCUACUCGCUAGGCCUGGUGUUCUGGGAACUGGCCCGACGAUGCUCUGUUAGGGGACUUCAUGAAGAUUUCCAGUUGCCUUACUAUGACCUGGUGCCUUCAGAUCCGUCCAUCGAGGACAUGAGAAAGGUGGUGUGUGACCAGAAACUCAGGCCCAACAUUCCCAACCAGUGGCAGAGCUGUGAGGCAAUGCGUGUGAUGGGCAAACUGAUGAGAGAGUGUUGGUAUGCUAACCCUACUGCUCGACUCACUGCUCUACGGGUCAAGAAGACUGUGUCUCAGAUGUUUGUCAUUAAGGAAGUCAAAGACUAGUUUCCCUGUGGAUCAGCGCUGGCGCGAUACAAGGAACAGGGAGCAAAGACAGAGAAACUGUGCUCUCUAACUGCCCCAGGCUGCCCUCUUCAGGGCACAACCCCACUCUUCACCCUCAGAGAGCUUCGCUGGGUUGUUGUUGAUGCCAAAGUAUUGCAGGAGGUAUCUGUGGCUGCUGUGGACAUAAACACCUAAUCAACCAAUUUGAACCAAACAGCUAAAGUUUUUUUUAGGUAGAGCCAUUUGAAAUAUAAUUAAUGUAUAUACAGAUUAUUUUGCUACCUCACACAUUUAAGUGCCCAAAGCUUGAAGUUGCACAUUGUGAUGUUUUUAUGCCAUAUCAUGUAGCAAACACAGUAUUGUUGAGUAGGUAACAUAGCUGCUUCUGACUCAUUUUAGACGACACAUAUAGACUGUUUCUGAUAAUCUGAACCUUAAAGCAGGGGUUUUCAACCAACUGUGACUGAGGGAACACCAUUCUGACUAAGGGGUAACCCAAGGACCACUGUUGUAGGUUGGCUACACCACAUGGGCACUGUUUUAAUUCUGAAAGUGACCAUGGCUUUUUUUAAACGUUAUAUCUUUGCAUGAACUAGAUUACUCACACAUGUUUAAAAAAUAAAAUUAAACUACUGAUAAAUUAAACUACAUUAUUGAGGGCGACAGUGAAGUGUUUGAAGGUUCGAAUCUCGGUGCCUGCAGUCCAAAAUGUCUAAGUGUCCUUGGGCAAGACAUUGAACCCCCAAGUUGCCCGUGAUGGCAGCGUGUGUAUGUACAGUAUGCAGUGGCCCGAGGUCCCCGGCUCCAAACUAAAUU